ACACUCCUUAACACGAACAGAAACACCAGAGAGCACACACAGAACAGUUUGGAUUUUUUAAAAAUAAUAAUAUAUAUAUUUUAGAGGGUUUAAAUUCCCUCGUAUAUAAAAGUGAAGAGGGAGAAAGCGGAAGUGCGACUGAGCUCGAGCUGCAAUGGGGUGCUGUUACAGCAGCGAGAGCGAAACAGCUGAACAGGAUGGAGACGAGCGCAAACCGCUGAUUCCGCACCCGAACCCGGACAGCAAACCGCCAAACGGGACGGAGCGGAACCCGGCCAACAUCUCGUCCACACGCACAGACGAGCAGGCCCUGCUGUCAAUCAUCAACAAGACCGCGCAGAACAUUAUCGAUGUAUCGGCUGCAGACUCACAGGGAAUGGAGCAACAUGAGUACAUGGACAAAGCCAGGCAAUACAGCACGAAGCUGGCGGUGUUGAGCAGUACUCUGAGUCAAAAGAAGCCGCCUCCUCUUCCCUCCCUCACCUCCCAACCUCACCAAGUGCUCGCCAGUGACCUAGUGCCCUACUCCGAUAUCCAGCAGGUGUGUAAGGUGGCGGCUUACGCCUACAGUGCCAUCUCGCAGAUCAAGGUGGACGCCAAAGAAGAGCUGGUGGUGCAGUUCGCUAUCCCAUGAUCCUUUUCUCUAUAGCUCUCUCUCUCUCUCUCUCUCUCUCUCUCUCUCUCUCUCUCACCCUCCUCAUGCCCAUUUUUCACCUAACUAAUCAAACACAGGGAUGACAAGCUCCGCCUCUCGCUUGUCCCUCGUCCAAUCAGACACACUGGUUCCUCCUGAGAAUGCUAAAACCUAGUUCGGUUGUCCCUCGCCCUGUCGGAGAUGUUUUUUUUUUUUUUUUUUCUUCUCUCCAGCUAAUGUAAAUAACGAAAUGUUUGCAAUCCACUCUGUCAGGGUUCAGUGAAGUUAGAAUUGCAACGCUUCCCUUCAUCAUCAUGUUUGUUAACGAUUCCAACCAAUCAAGCACAGGGAUGAGAGCUCCGUCUCCAGCUGUCCAAUCAGAGGCUUCGUCCCGCCCAACACUGUGUGCAUGAAGGCUGAAAGUUUAAGAAAAAAGCUGCGCUGUCAUUUCAUCCAGUUCCCCAUGACGCUGUGUAUAUGAAAGGCUGAUGCUAUGAGCCUAAUCCUCGGCUGUAUUGCUUCGUCCAAUCAGACGCACAAAUUUUCCCUAAGACUCCCCGUGCUAAAGCUAAAAGCCAAAUGUCCCUGCUGUCUUUUCAGUCACUCGGAUUUGGUAAGAAAUAUAACAGGAACUCGACCCACAGCUGCUUCUCUGUUAACUUUUCAUAAACCCACCAGGUCUAAAGCACUGAUGGUUUGUUUGUUCGUUCGUCUGUGUGUAUGUGUGUGGUGCGAAGGUUGCCAUUUGAGCGUAUUUUCUUCCUGAAAAGCUGCACUCCAUUUUGUUCGUUUGGAGUUAGACAAUUAUGAUAUGGUUCAUAACUUAAUCACAGUUGCUCAUCACCUCCUGUGAUGUCAUCUCCAUGCCUUUAUUAGAAUUUUUCGUUCCCAUUUUGGUCACCUGCCGGUUCCCACCGACCUCCCCGGUCGUACGACAGCUCCCAACCCGAGAAGGUGAAAGCUAACACGAGCAUAACGCACUCGGAGGAAAGUGCUGUCUGCCCUCUUCUGCAUACAUGAGCUCACCCUGAUUGGCUAGUAACACUGUGACUGACAGGGGAAAGAGUAUGCCUUCCCUCUCACCAAGAACACACCACCAGUUUUGCUCCCUUGACUCCCGGUCAUAGAUAGCUGUGGGGGUUUGAACUCGUGAACUCCUGACGAUUGGGCGAACACUUUUCUGUUGUGUCUCUUGAGAACCCUUUAUAGCCCUUUAUGAUGUUCUGAUGAGGGUAGAGUGACAUCAUAAUGCGGCCACAAGCCAGACUGGGAGCAAAUCAGUAGACAUUUCUGAUAUCACUCUACCUUCAUUAGCAUAUUCUAAUAGACUAUGAAUAUUCAUAAGUCAGAACUGAAAAAAAGCUGACUCUUAAACCAAGUAAUGUCGGCAAUGUGCAUUUUUUGAAUAUUCAUGACUCAGAAUUGAUUGGUUGUAAAGUUGAAACAGUUGGGUGAAGCAGAGGCUGUGAAUUUGGGCGGAGCGACAACACGACGAGGGUGGAGUUUACUAAUGAAUAUUCAUGAGACAAACAAUGGGAAACCGGUCAUUCAUUACGCAUUCGCUUGGUUGAUGCUUUGCCGUACAUAUUUUGGGUUUCGAACAAAUGGAAAGGGAGUAAAGGCCACAACAAGAGAGGGCAGGGCCAUAUUCACGAAUGUUAAUGAGUUAGGACAGAGAGGAGAUUGGAUAUUGGUUUGGCAAUUUUUUUUUUUUUUUUUUUUUUUUUUUUUUUCUUUUGGGUCACGCCUUCAUUAGCAUAUUCCCUAAGAGCGUAAGAGUAGAGGUGGAGCCUUUUCUCUGAAAGGUGAUUUGCUGCAAUGACUUUUUUUUUUGUUCGAAUUUUUUUUUCCUGACUUUCUUGUGAGCGUUUGCCAAUUUCCUGAAAUGUUUCUGGGUAAUAUGAUUAUGUUUAAUGUUCAUUUUUCUUAAUAAAUUUAAUACAAACUGUUGAACAGCAGAGAGGAGUUGGGGAGUCGUUUACAGAGAGAGGGGGCGGGGCUUAAAUUGGCUAUAUGAUGUAUAUGAUUUUCGGCAUGUGUAUGCCUUUAACAUGCAGACUGUGUGUGUGUUUAAGUGUGCAAGUGAAUGCGUGAGAGGGAAAAUAAGAUACAGUGUGUGUGCUGUUUUGCGAGGAGGACUGUGCUUUACACAACAUCGGUAGCCAAUGUUUUUAUCCAGAGUAGUGAAAGCACUUUUACCCUGCCUGAUCAGUCGAUAUUAGGCACGUGCCAAUAAUCCAUCCUAAUAUUGCGAUAACUGACUAACAUUUUAUCAUAAUUCAUAAUAUUAUUAUGAAUAAGGCUUUAGUACAUAACUCAUUAUUCCUUAGUCGUAAUGUCUUCUCUCCAGACAUAUGGAGUCCAUGGAAUAUUCUCCUCUGUGGAAUCACGGAUAACGGUGUUGAAUAUCGCAUCGUAUUUUAUUAAUGAUUAUUGGCACAUGCGUAAUUCCCAUGAAGUACAUCACUAACUGUUGGACUUCCUUUCCAUAAUCAAAACCUGUUUGUAAUUAUUUAUUUUUUUUUCCUUUUAAUGUAUUUAUGUGGGCUCCUGUGUGUGUGUGUGUGUGUGUGUGUGUAAACUUUCACCAUGUCACAAAAGGGACUGAACACGCUGUAGCAGUUGUUUGUUUAUUAUUUUGCUUUUUUUUUUUUUUUUUUUUGCUCAUGGCUCUUUUGUUCUGUUUGCUCCUGUUCGUUAUCUACAUGUGACUCACAGCGUUUGUUUUCGUAGCCUAGAACCAAAUUGUUUGAUUUAAACACUGUUAAUACCUGCAUUUUUUUUUGUUGAAGGAAAUGAAGCAUUAAAGACUUGUAUAAAGAAA